AUGAGUCGCGACAACACUCUCCCACCGCCUCCUCAAUCGGAGCCCGCUUCGGCUGCCACCUCGCCGAGAGCCAGCGUAUUCGCGACUUUCCCGCGUCAACCUCCACCAUCGUCCAAUGCCAAUCCUCGUGGUAGAACUCCUCAGUCGAGAAGGGUCAGCAGUAGCACAAUCAAUAGCGCGAGCCCUAGUACUGAGCGCCCUGAACAAGACAAGCCAGUGCCCAUUGGCAAGAUUGGCAUCUGUGCCCUCGAUAGCAAAGCAAGAAGCAAACCCAGUCGCAACAUUCUCAACAGACUUAUCAAAGAGGGUGAAUUCGAGGUCAUCGUCUUUGGUGACAAGGUCAUCUUGGACGAGGAUGUCGAAAACUGGCCCGUCUGCGACUUUCUCAUCUCUUUUUUCUCAGAAGGCUUUCCCCUAGACAAGGCUAUAGCAUACGCCAAACUGCGCAAACCCUUCUGUGUUAACGACCUGCCCAUGCAGACAAUCCUCUGGGAUCGCCGUAUUUGUUUACAAAUCCUAACAAAGCUCAAUGUACCUACGCCCGAUCGUGUCGAAGUCAACAGAGAUGGUGGACCCAAAGUUCAAUCAGCCGACAUUGCUCAAAGGUGUUUCGAAAAGACUGGUCUUCGCUUCCCCGUUCUGGGCAGUCAGCCCGAGACUGAGUCACAACAGACUGCCAAUCCUGUCGUUGAGAUGCUAGACGACGGUGACACCAUCUCAGUGGAUGGUAAGACCUUGACCAAGCCUUUUGUCGAGAAGCCCACAGACGGCGAGGACCACAACAUCCACAUCUACUACCCAAAGAGCCAAGGUGGAGGUGGCCGAAGACUGUUCCGCAAGGUCAACAACAAGAGUUCCGAGAAAGACGAGACUCUCUCAGUACCCAGAUCAAUCACAGAGCCUGGAAGCAGCUACAUCUACGAGCAGUUCCUCAAGGUGGAGAAUGCCGAAGAUGUCAAGGCUUACACUGUCGGUCUCGACUACUGCCACGCUGAAACGAGAAAGUCGCCUGUUGUCGAUGGUGUCGUCAAGCGCAAUCCCAACGGCAAAGAAGUCCGUUACGUCACUAGCCUCAGCAAGGAAGAAGCUGGCAUGGCUUCGAGAAUUGCAGAUGGUUUCGGCCAACGUGUCUGUGGUUUCGAUCUUCUGCGUGUGGGCGAGAAGAGUUACGUUAUCGAUGUCAACGGCUGGAGUUUCGUGAAAGAUAACAACGACUACUACGAUAAGUGCGCAAGCAUCAUGAAGAGCUUGUUCAUUCGUGAGAAGGUCAGACUUGAUAAUAAGCAGCAGCAACAGCAACAGCAGCAGCCCACCUCUGCACCCGCGUCUACUGCUGACGAGAGCUACGAGAGAGAAGCUCCUGGGACCCAACGCAAAAACACUGUCUCGAGCCAUCGCAGUCACCUCAAGUCUGUCUUCCGCUCUGCCAGUGCAACCAGACUGCGAGACAUGGCCAGCAGAAAGCCCGGCUCUCCUGAGAUUUCCCAAUUACCUUCCCCGAUUACAUCACCUCCAAGCUUCGGUAACCUCCCUCCACCACGUAGCCCUGGCAUCCCUCAAGAUAGCCAACUCCCACCUCCUGCUAUUCUUGAUGAGAAUCAUCAAUAUCAGACUCUGCAGGAAUCCAUCCACGAAGCUGAGGAGCAUGCCGAGCCUGUCCCUGCGCCUGCGACUAAGUCGCAAUGGAAGCUCAAGGGCAUGGUCGCUGUCAUCCGUCACGCUGAUCGUACACCUAAGCAAAAGUUCAAGUUCACCUUCCACACCAAACCUUUCGUUGAUCUGCUCAAGGGCCAUCGUGAGGAAGUCUUGUUGGUCGGCGAAGCUGCUCUGAAGAGUGUGCAGGAAGCCGUCCAACAAGCUCUGCGCGAGGGUGAAGAGGAUCAGACCAAACUUCGCACCUUGUCAAAUGCUUUAGACAAGAAGGGCAGCUGGCCUGGUACGAAGGUGCAGAUCAAGCCGAUGUUCCGCAAGAGAAGACAGGAAGAACUACCUGCCGAGCUUCAGGACAAGAUUACGGUCGAUCAGGAUGGCAAUGCUAAGCCCAAGCCUACCCCUCUGCAAGGAGAGGAGGCCAAUCACUCGCGAGGAGACUCCAUGGCCGAUGUGACUCUAUCCAGAAUCUCUGCCGCAGAGAACAAUCUUGUCCUCGACAAGCUGCAGCUCGUCAUGAAGUGGGGUGGUGAGCCCACACAUUCUGCUCGUUACCAGGCUCAAGAUCUUGGUGAAAACAUGCGUAACGAUCUGCUGCUUAUGAACAAGGAUGCUCUGAGAGACGUCCGUGUUUUCACUUCGUCCGAACGUCGUGUCUCGACCAGCGCUCAAAUUUUCACUGCCUCCUUCUUGGACCAGAAGGAGCUCGAGCCUGACUUCAUUUCCGUGCGCAAGGACUUAUUGGAUGACUCUAACGCAGCCAAGGACGAGAUGGACAAGGUCAAGAAAAAGUUGAAGGGACUUCUCCGCCAGGGUAAGCAAGCACCUGAACAGUUUGCUUGGCCUAAGGAUGGCACUCCUGAGCCGUAUCUGGUCGUGCGUAGCGUUGUUGAGUUGAUGAAGUUCCACCGUCGUGUCAUGCUUCAGAACUUCACUAGACUUCGACCCGAAAGCGAAGGAGGCCCACCAAUCAUGAGUCCUCCCAGCAACGCCUCGUCGGCCAGUCUCGAGUCCUCCGAUGGUGUCGAGGCCAAGCAGAUCCAGUCCAGAUGGUGCUGUGGAGAAGACGCUUCCUUGUUCAAGGAGAGAUGGGAGAAGCUGUUCAAGGAAUUCACCGAUGCCGAAAAGGUCGACCCUAGUAAGAUUAGUGAGCUCUACGACACGAUGAAGUUUGAUGCUCUGCACAACCGACAGUUCCUCGAGUGGGUCUUCACCCCAAGCAAAGACAUGGUUGAUGAUGAUCAGAAGCGUCCCGACACUUUGAAGCGCACUGCUUCUGCCGAUAUGAGAGAAGAGUUUGGCCAGACUCAUGAAGGUCUUGCACCUACCAAGGAGCAGACUGCAGCUGUCAAGGAUACACCGCCUUAUAAGCAGCAAGAAGAUAAGGUUCAGAUCGACGACAAGGACAAGCUGACUCAUGCGGCAAGCUUGAGAAGACGUUCCGAGAACCCUUCGACCACUUUCAAGAAUGCUCAAGCAACAAUCGCUAAUCGUGUUUCUGGUAACCCUGAAUCCUACUUUUCUCUCUUCACUGGCAACAGAGACCUUCCCGAGUCGAAGGCUAAGGUCGAUGUCCGCCUGGAGAAAUUGAGGGAGCUGUACCGCUUCUCGAAGGUGCUGUUCGACUACAUUGGUCCUCAAGAGUAUGGUAUGCUGGAAAGCGAGAAGCUUGAGAUUGGUCUCUUAACCAGUCUGCCUCUGCUCAAGGAGAUCGUGACCGAUCUGGAAGAAGUGCAAGCAUCAGAUGAUGCCAAGUCGUUCAUCUACUUCACCAAGGAGUCGCAUAUUUACACCCUCCUCAACUCCAUCAUCGAAGGUGGUGUGCAGACCAAGAUCGCGCGCAACGCCAUCCCCGAACUCGACUACCUCUCGCAAAUCUGCUUCGAGCUGUACGAAUCACAAAACGAGGCUCCAUCUGUGAACAACGAAGCCGGCUGCUUCAACUACAGUAUCCGCAUUACUCUAUCUCCUGGUUGCCACGCUUUUGACCCUCUCGAUGUGCAAUUGGACAGCAAGCACUGUAUCGGUUGCACACCUCGCAGAAGCCUGACACCUCACGUGGAGUGGAAAGAGGUACUCGAGACGCUGAGAGCCAAGUUCCACACUGUCAAGUUGCCCAAGAGCUUCUUGGCUGUCAAUUUGAGUGAGAAGGUUCCUCAGGCUUUUGCUCCUCAGACUGAGGGUGCUGAAGGUGAAGGAGUUGAGCCAAAGGUCGUUGGUGUGGAAGCUAGUCCCAUUGCUACUGCCCAUCAACCUUGA